GCUGAGUAUUAGAGUCUAGUCUGAAUGGGAGCAGCAGGUGUGUUACACUGAAUCCCUUUAUCCAACAGAUUUUACCAUUUUGGGCAACAGCUUGUUUGGAAAAAGACAAGAACAUUCAUUACUACAGUUCCCUGUACAAUCUGCACACUGCACAUAGUGGGCCAUGGAGGGGUUUCCUGCUGUGUUCUACAGUGAACCUGCCGUUCUGGGACUACUUGCAAAUGCUGUCAGUGCUUUCCUUGUGUGCAUGCAAAACUUUGCUCUAUUUCACACAUCUAUUCUUCCUACUGGAGCAGAAAACAUUCUAGCAGGUGUUCAUCUAAUACUUAUUGGUGGAAUUGCCCAACUCAUUGCUGGAUUUCUAUCUUUCCGGAAAUAUGACCAUCUCAGUGGUACUUCCUUCAUAGCCUUCUCUGCUCUUUGGAGCAGCUAUGGUGCUACCCGCAUCCUGGUGGGGUCAGAAGCAAUCCCGCAGAACAGUUCAAUUGUGCCAACUCUCCCUCCUCUUCCUAUCAAUGAGAGUGCAGUGGCUGGGCUUGUAUCAUAUAUUUUUAUCGCUGUUAUCCUGUCUUUCUGCUCAGCCACUGUCAAUUAUAUCAUGCCUUUUGUUUUUGGAGCUCUGACAAUGACAUUAGUUUUUGAGGCUGUAGGAUUAUUUGGCCGUUGGGCCCUGGUAGUUUCAGGGGUACUGGAGUUAAUUAUAGUCGUGUGUGGACUUUAUGGGGGAGCAGCUCUCCUUCUUAAAGGGAUCACACAGAGAUAUGUGCUCCCUGGCUUCGGCAAUUCUCUCUUUAAUGUUCUCCUUCUAGGAUCUGGAAACAGUGGCUCUUCCAAAACAGCAGCAGAAGAGAAGAAGAAAAACACUAAAUAUGCCGAACCCAUGGCAUUGGGUUACCUAUGUGAUACCAUUUCGCCAUUCAUCAUGGCGUUUUACUGCUUUGGAUAUAUAAAAAUAUUCUAUGUUGCAGCAAUAUGGAUCAGCAUUAAUGUGCUUUCUCAACUCUGCUCGAGCUACUAUAGCUAUCUCAGAGAUGACAUUUACUAUGCCACAAAAUUUGCUUUUCAUGGGAUUUUCUGGCUGGUCAAAUCGUGGGAAGAAUUUACUAUAACAGUUGUUCUGGAGCCUAACAAUGUAACCGUUAGAAGAGAAGUGAUGGUCGGUGACUGGUUCUUUCUGGUAGCUGCUUGUGUGCUCUGCUUUUUGUCACUUAAUAAAGAUAUACUAGAACUUAUACACAAUAUUUCAUUUGCCCUGAUAACUGUAUCCACAAUCCAACAAAUCCCAAGUAAGCCAGCUUACAUCUUCUUUGGCGUAACCUGUGGCAUAUUUACAGUUAUCUCACUGUACUCAACAUUUGCCAGUCUUGUGAACACCAUCGCUGAAAAAAUUCUGAUACCAACGGGCAACAUUGUGGUGUCCGGCGCAAAGCUUCAAGACGUACUGCUUUUUGGAAGACGCCACCUGAGAAAGUCAACAGAAGAAUUAAUUAUUACGGAAAAUGUUUCCUCUCGUUUUUCAGACCCCUUAUUUUACAUAUGCAAUGGUCUAGCAUCAAUUGCUGCAAUCCAGAGUUCAUUAAACUAUUCGGCUGAGGGGUAUUUAUCCAUCCCAUGGGUGCUUAUACCGGGUACUAUUAUCCAACUCUACGUAUCUAGAAUUGAUGUCCAAAGAGGUAGAAGAUUUGGUUCCGUGCUGCCGUUUUGCUACUCUGCUAUAUGGGCUACCUGGGUCUGGCUGCGCUUUGCAGGUUCUGCUGUAGGUCUCACGGCAAAUACUGAUGGAGGAUUCACAGUUGGUGCCAUUGCUUUCCUUAUUAUCAACAUAUUUUUGAUAAUCAUAGCUAUACAAGCCAAUGUUAUCCUGUUCAUCGUUACUCUACUAAUGGAGGCAGCACUUGUUUCAUUCCUUCUGUUCACACUUGGACGGCUGCCUCUCCCUCUUGAGAUUACUGUGCUAUCACUCUAUGGCAUUGUCUGCGCCUAUGGGUUUUUGGCUUCGCUGGCGAACUGCAUUUUCAACAAAGAACUGAUUCCAAUGGGUAGAGCUAUCUUUAAGAAACAAGAGUCAAUAAAGAAGGACGUUACUUCAGACUCAUCAUGCAUCUUACCACAAUCUCGCCGGACAAGUGGUUUGAGAACAAUUGCAAAUAUAUUGGAGAAUGGAGGAGUAUGUGGAAUUCCUACUGACACAGUCUAUGCUCUUGCUGCUUCAUGCAAACACCCAGAUGCCAUUAACAGGAUUUACACUAUCAAGGAACGACCUACAGAAAAGCCAAUCUGCAUCUGUAUCUCUAACCUCGAUCAACUGAGAGUGAUUAAUCCUCCAUUCAACCCUCUUCUCUGGAGGUUUAUGGACCUAGUUUACCCUGGGGGAAUCAGCUGUAUUGUCCAGAAAGGGGAAUGGUUGAAAAAAUUGGGUGUGGGUCCUGCAUAUGACCAGGUUGGGACAUCUAAUUCCAUUAUGAUAAGGGUUCCUGAUCACUCAGUCGCUGCUCACCUUACUGACAUGACCGGACCAUUGGCUAUUACCUCAGCCAAUCCAAGUGGAGAGAGUGACAGCACUCACCAUGACAUGGUGAUAACACGCCUGAGUGACAAACUUGAUGCAAUCCUGUGCGAUGGUUAUUCCAAUGAGCUGGUGGGAUCUACUGUUGUAAACUGUACGAAGAUAGAUGAAGGCACCAUCACAAUACUGAGGGAGGGAUGUGUGCCAUCAGCUAAGAUCAUGCAGCUGUUUGAAAAAGCAAAGAACACACAGGAGAUUCUGUAGAGAGAGAAGUAACUUUUAAGAAGUACCAACAUGGAGCACAGUCCUGCUGGCAGGGCUUGGAAAACUCAAAUGAAAAUAGUAUAAAAUAUGUAUAUUUUAUUUGCGGUAUAAGUCUGUAAAAUCAUGUAUUUAUUAUUGUAAAUUAAUGAAUUAAUGUGAUUUCACUGUCAAAAUUUUUUUAUUGUUUUACUGGCUGCAUAGAACACUGUGAUCCACCGCCAAACUAGGCACUGGUAAUUUAUUCUAUUUAUUAUUUAUAAAGAUAAAACAAUGCUAAUGUGAUAGCAUUAGAAACACACGAUUGAAGGAUGUAACUCCAGCAUGUAUGUCACAGAUUUUUCAAUGUGUUACAGUAAUAGUGUAUUAUUUCCUUAAAUUUCAUUUUUUUUUUAUAUAUUUUAUAAAUAUGAUGCUCAUAUGUUUACAAAACGUCA